AUGGGAGUGGUAGUAGUAUUUCUAAUUCUCACUAAGGAAGUUUUCAAAUCCAAUGGUUUAGAACAUAUUAAAACAUAUAUAUCUGGUAUAAUGGAACGUUUUAAGGUUUCUAAUCAAAACAUCAAGUUUGUUUUGGUGAAACAUGGAACAAAAGAUUUAUUUAUGACUGAUCAAGGUAAUGUUCAAAGAUCAUCAAACUCAACUUAUAAAAAUAAUGACCACCAAUCGCUAAUAUCAAUCAUAAAUGAGCUCGAAACUUACUUAUUAAUCUACCAUAAUGUUGAUACAAUUGAAACUGAUGAUGAUGGUGACUUGGCAAAUAUCGUUGCGGUUUCUGCUAAAUCUCUGAGGACCAGCUAUUCAAGAAGAAAUCUUACAAAAUUUAAAUUAAAGAAUAACCAAAUUGCAAAGGAUGAACCGGAAAUGAUGAAAAAAAUAUGGUUGUCUCAACUUCUACAAGUGCCAAAUAUAGGGAAAGAUGAAGCUAUAGAAUUAAUAAAAAAGUAUGCAAAACCAUAUGAAGUCAUAGAAUCCUUGAAGAUUUCAGAGGAUAACUUUUAUAAUGUUCUUAAAAAUAUAGAAAUUCCAGGAAAGAAAAGGAAAACAUUAGGAAAAAUAACAUCUAAAAGGUUUUUAACAUUUUGA